AGUAGUAUUAGUCCCAUGUUUACGGAAGUGGAGACCUUUUUCAUCCAUGCAAUCUGCACGGUUAUAACCGGCGGCUGAGUUGACAUUUUAGUAAGAUCUGUUAUAUAUUUCGCCCCACUUUUCUAGAGGAACUAGUAGUUAAAAACCAUAAUCAUGUGGGACCACGAGAUAAAAGCAAUGGCGUCCACUCACGCCAUUAUAGCUGCUUCAGUGUUCAUGGCAACCGUGCUACCUGCAGCGUUCGUGGAGAGCUUUUCUGUGUACGGUACUCACCUAGUGUGGAUUUACGCCGUGUCCUUCGUGGUCACGGUGGUCAGUGUCGCCGUCUUCUGGCUGCUAGGCGUCACACCGCCGACGAAGAAGCACACACUGGGAUAUAAGCUUUCUCGGUUGUUCCGCUGCUGCCUAUACUUCUUCUUGUCCUGCCUCUUCUUUCACACUGUAGUGGUUCUUUAUGGGGCUCCAUUGAUCGAAUCUGCCCUGGAGACGUUCUCUCUUGCUGUCCUCCUGACCUCUCUAACUACAUUAAGGUGCCUCUGUGUCCUGGGGCCUAACGUACAGGCCUGGAUACGAGUUUUCAGUUGGCAUGGAGCGAUGUCAGUAUGGGACACCUGUCUGCAGAUUACAGUGUCCUGCACAUUAAUAGGAGCCUGGUUUGGAGCCUUCCCUAUACCUCUGGACUGGGACAGGCCCUGGCAGGUUUGGCCCAUUUCGUGCAGUCUGGGCGCUGUGAUUGGCUUCUUGACCGGGCUUGUCGUUGCUCCCACGUGGAUCCACUAUCACCGUAAACAGCUCACAUAUAAGUGCAAGUGACAGAAGUCACACGUGUUUGCGCAGCAAGUCUGUGCAAGUGUGUCCCUUGCAGUUCCACUGACAACUUUGUGGAACAGAUGCAACGUUGAUUUCACAGUUGGUACUGUGAAAUCUGGAAUUGUUCAUAUUAUGUUUUUUUUUUUGAAUAAAUAAUAUAUAACUUA